AUGAGUGAAGUCGAUAAAAAUAAAUUGAAACGAUUUCUUGUCGAACAAGCAUUGCGCAAAAACAAAUCAUCGCUUCUCUCGCGUAUUAUUUUUCGAAAAGUGAAACAAAUUUUUGGUGGUGAAGUGAGAGCAAUGUUAUCUGCAUCGGCACCGAUUUCACGUGAUGUAUUACAUUUUUUUCGUAUUGCACUCGACAUUCCAAUCUAUGAACUUUUUGGACAAACGGAAUCAACUGGUGUGGCAACAACUACACACAUAAUUGAUAAGUCAUGUGGAACAGUUGGCACAUCCUUGUGCACAGUCGAAAUCAAAUUAAUCGAUGUACCUGGAACGAAUUAUCGAAGUGAAAAUAAUCAAGGUGAAAUCUGUAUUCGUGGACCUAGCUAUCAUGACGAUGAGACAAAAACACGGGAAACAAUAGAUGAAGCGAGCUGGCUACAUACCGGUGAUGUUGGUGAAUGGACAGCUAAUGGCACAUUGCGAAUCAUUGAUCGUAGCAAACACAUUUUUAAAUUGAAUCAAGGCGAAUAUAUUGCACCUGAACAUCUAGAAGAUGUUUAUCUUCAUUCUCGAUGGAUUUCACAAAUCUUUAUCGAUGGUUGUUCAACGGAAGCAACAGUAGUGGCCAUUGUUGUACCAAAUGAAGAGUAUGUACGAAAGAAUUUUACUUCGACAGGAACAAAAACAUUCGAAGAAAUAUGCAAAAAUAAUGAGUUAAAACAAUUAAUUAUGACUGAUUUGCUGCGGUUGGCUAAAGAAAACAAAUUAAAAUAUUUUGAAACAAUGAGCAAUAUUUAUCUUCAUCAUGAGUCAUUCUCGCAACAAAAUGGUCUAAUCACAACAACGUUCAAGACACGACGAGUAGUCGCGCGACAACGCUUCCAAAAAAUCAUCAAUUCACUCUACAAUAUCAAUGGAAAAUAA